UUUCAGCUGCAGAACAACCUGUGGCCGAGCCCUGGGAGCCCCCCGGGGCUGCUGCCCCCCGAGACCAUCCCGUCCCCCUGCAUGUCCCCGUACCCCCCCGCCCCCAGCAGUGGCUUCGUGGGCAUUCCCGCUUCCCCGGGCGCCCACCCCGGCAUCAACAGCCUGUACCCCCUGCACGGGCUGCCCCCGCCGGGCCUGGCCCCCCACCCCUUCGAGCCGCCCGCCCAGCACGACUACAAGGCGCCCACCCUGAUGCCGCUGAGGAUGAAGAGCAAAGAGGGCGCCGGGAGCCUCCUGAACUGGGCCACAUGAUCCCCCAGGAUGGACACGGAGCCCCCCCGAGGGUGUCCCCCAGCCCGGGGAGGGGGGUCAGGGUGCUGGGGUCACCUUCACCCC